AUGCAAUACGUUGGAAGAGCUAUAGGCUCGGUAUCAAAAACGUGGUCUCAAAUCAAUCCCGCUACAUUAUCAGGAGCAAUUGAUGUUAUAGUGGUAGAACAACCAAAUGGUGACUUAUCAUGUUCACCAUUCCAUGUUAGGUUUGGGAAGUUUCAAAUACUGAAGCCCUCACAGAAAAGGGUAGAUAUUAUAAUUAAUGGCAAGAAAAGUGACUUACCAAUGAAACUAGCCGAUAACGGCGAAGCAUAUUUUGUUUUUGAAACCAGUAAAGAAUUAAAAGGUAUACCAGAUGAAUUAUUGGCAUCCCCUGUAGCCAGUGCUGCUAGUAGUCCAGAACUUAAAAGUCAAAGGAGAUCCGAUGAACCUGAAUAUCUAAAUAUAAAUGAAGAGAGCUCACAACAAGUUCAUCAACAAGGGGAAGAGGAGGAGGAGGAAGAGAAUUACGACCUUACCAAGAGAUUUCAAGAAAAAUUAAAUAAAAGAUUAACUCAGAUACAUGUUCCAAGUAAAUCUGACAAUAAUGGUGAUUUACUGCUGGAUAUGGAAGGUUAUAAACCAACUCAGGACAUGAUGCAUGAUACUGAUAUGCAGUUGAAACAACUAUUGAAGGACGAAUUAGGGAGUGAUAUGGAUAUCGCACAAUUUAUAAAGGAAGAUCCUAAUGGAUCCAUUAGAAUAAUUAAUCCUUAUGAGCAUUCUGGCGACACUCAGAUUAUGUCACCUAUUGGGUCUCCUUCUAUUAAUGCUAGCGAACCAGUAUUGUCACUGUCUGGUGAUAAUACAUUUAGAAGUGAUACCGAAGAUUUUGGUCCAUCUACAUCGUCUAUAGAGAUACCAUCAGAGGAAGUAUUGUCUGACAAUGAGGACGAACAUCUUAAAAUUGAUCACAUGGAAGAAACUUCUAAAAAACCACAAGAUGAUAAAAGAUAUAUAAGAACAAUUAGAUUAACCAAUGAACAAUUAAAGGCAUUGGGAUUAAUAUAUGGUGAAAAUGAUCUACAAUUUUCAAUUGAUCAUGGUAAAGCUGUAGUUAGCUCAAAAUUAUUUGUGUGGAGAUGGGAUGUACCAAUUGUAAUUAGUGAUAUUGAUGGUACAAUCACAAAGUCAGAUGCAUUAGGUCAUGUUUUGGCAAUGAUUGGGAAAGACUGGACUCAUCCAGGUGUAGCACGUCUUUUCAAUGAAAUUUCAAGGAAUGGGUACAAUAUUCUAUAUCUGACAGCAAGGGGUGCGGGACAAGCAGAUUCUACUAGAAGUUAUCUAAGGUCUAUUUUGCAAGACAACUAUAAAUUACCAGUAGGGCCUGUUAUUCUAUCCCCUGACAGAACAAUGGCUGCUUUAAGAAGAGAAGUAAUAUUGAAAAAGCCAGAAGUAUUCAAGAUUGCAUGUCUGAACGAUGUGAGAUCGUUAUAUUUUGAAGAUGAAUCCUCAGCUACUCAUAUUGAUAUUGGAAUUAAACAUGACUGUCCACAGGAUAACACAGGAUUGGAUGGUAAUAAAACUGAUGAAAGCCCUAUUGAAAUAGAAACGCCUUCUCAAAAUAAUUCAGAUAUGAAAGAUAAAGUAAAAGUAAAAUCACCAAUUACAUACCAUUACAAUGAGUUCGAUACUGAGGACAAGCCAACUCCAUUUUUUGCUGGGUUUGGUAAUCGUAUAACGGAUGCACUUUCUUAUAGGACAGUCGGUAUACCUAGUUCUCGUAUUUUUACUAUUAACACAGAAGGUGAAGUUCAUAUGGAACUGCUUGAACUUGCUGGUUAUAAAAGUUCAUAUUUGCAUAUUAACGAAUUAGUAGAUCAUUUUUUCCCACCAGUUAAUGUGAUUGACGAUGAUAUUAGAAGUUUACAUUCUACAAUGCCUGGAUCUCCCGUUAAUACCAGUGUCGAUCGAUAUGAUAAUUCAAACCUUAAUGAUGGAGAUUUGAGUAUGAAUGAAACCAAAUCCUUUUUCAGACCUAAUCAAGAAGAAAAAUAUACUGAUGUCAACUUUUGGAGGGAACCUAUUUUAAAUAUAGAUGAUCUCUCAGAUAUAAGUGAUAACGAUAAUAUAAGUAAACCAAACAUUGAGGACGAAUCUAGUAGAGUUGCAUCACCAACUGCGGUUAGAUAUUCAAAAAAGGAUAAUUUAACUAUCCCUGAAGACUCGGGUAAUUUUGAUAUAAAUACGAACGGUAAAAUGAUCCCAAACAAGAAAUCUAAUGAAGACAUUGGAAAACAGAUAUAUUUAAAGUUGGGUUCUCCAUUAGCGUCACCUCGUAUGUCAUCAAUUGAUUCUACAGAGAUUGAAAGUCCUCUGGCUCAAUUUUCUAUCUCUAAACCGCCAGCACCAUCUACAGGUGUAUCAAAGGUUAGCGUGUUAGAUGACCAACAUUCAAUGCAUAGUAAAAGAAACUCGGAUGACGAUAAUAGAAACUCAGAUGACGAAUUUGAUGAAGAUGACGAGUUUGAUGAAGAUGAAUUCGAUGAAGAUGAGUUCGUCGAUUGA